AUGACCGACCAAGUCCUCUUCAAUCCGGGACCCUACAUCCCGUCCGCCGCCGUCAAACCGUCUACCACCGACCUCCAAAAGCCAACGGACAGGUUCGACGUUCCUCCUGUCGACCCUAAUACCAUCUGGUACCUCGCCGUAAUCAAGCCACACAUGGACGCUCACGAGAUCAUCGGCCCCGUCAGAGCGUUCAAGUACCUCCUCCCGAAGAUCCAAGACAUGGUCAGCAACUCACCGAGCGCCAUCGACAAGCUUGACGAGCUGAUGGAGGUUGACGACAUGUGGGGUGCGCGUAAGAAGAAUCCAGAAUUCGAGCUCAGCGGCUUCGAGCGCUUCAUCAUCGAGGGCCAGCGCGGCAUCUACACUGUCUUGAACAUCAUGCGCGAGAUCAACAAGUCCGUGUUUGAACUCCUUCCCGCACCCGUGUACACUGUCAUCUCGCUUGGCCCGCUUGAGCAGGGCAAGAGGAGCGGCAAGGAACAGUUUACCAAGCCGAAAGGCUUCGCGCAGACUACAACGCUUCACGGUUCUUGGCCUAACCGCGAGUCUGCUCUCAAGAUCGCUAGGGACGUCAUGGAGAACCUGCUGGCUGAGGAGCUAUAUACCAAGAGCGCCGAGGGAUGGGAGAAGGGUGACGGCAACAAGGGCGGUUGCAUGCUCAUGGCUAUGAAUGGCACGUACAUGUGGGAGGUCAAAGUUGUGUACGAGGACCAGGCUGUAAAGCGUGCUAUAGAGGACGCCAGCAUUCAUGACAAGGACAAGGUUUGGAGAUAG